UCGUUAUGGAGGAAGCAUUGUAGUCCGACCGCACACACGGAGGAAGAAAAGUGGACCGCACAUGUCCAACCGCAUAGAGGCUUGGAUCACUCAGGAGAUGACACGUUACCCCGCAAGUUGCAAGUGAAAGGUAUAUCGGCAGCGGACUUGCAGUGCAAUGUACGACACUGAAGACGACGACACUCACUUGUGUCUUAAGUGCAGCGCAACAAUCACCGGUUUGAAAAACUACAUCGCUCAUCGCAAGCAGCACUGUUACAAGAUUGUGCGUAGUGACAGUGCUUUUACAUCCGUCGCGUCGCCGACAACCGAACACCCGUAUGAGCCGUCAUCACUGCGGGCGGACGAUUUUUUCUCUUCACUUGAGCUACAGAGCAUCCAGGCUGUUAUUCCAUCUACUGCCACCGCCAAAGUGGACCAUGCUGAUGACGACUUGGAAGACGCCGAUGACAGUGACGGUGAUCUCUACCCACCAACGUCGCACACGGGUGGCAAAUGGAAACCCGGCUGGGGGCCCAUCGCUCGUUCCGACUGGAAGGCGGUGUGCCAACACGGGGAGGUCCCACCACAAGCCACAAAGGAACCUGCCGCAAUUUCGGAAGGAUUCAUAUGCAUCCCAUGCAACAGGCACUACCGCAAUAAGUUUACAUUAUUGAGGCACAGGGAAACCUUGUACCAUCUCAAGCGAAGUGGUGGUAUCACAACAACUGGAAUGAAAUGCAGCCAGCGACAGGCGGCACUCUCUGCAGAAGUGGUACAGCAGCAAAACCAGAAGUGCAGUAAAACGAAUAAAGCAUCCAAAGCCUGCGACAUAGCAAACUCACGCCGCAAGUGCUCUUUGGACUCUCGCCAACGUAAGCAGCGAAAAGACAAGAACGUUGCUGUUUCUAAAAAUUGCCCAUCUACGAAACGGAGCGUUUGCAGCACUGGUACUGCAUUCCAGCCAAAGAAGUCAUCAGUCCAAGGUAGCCAAUCGAAAGGCGCGAAUGUCCAGCAUUCUUCAAGAUGUGCCAAGCACACCUUUCAGAGAAAUUUCAAACAGAGCUCUACACCCGUGCGAAGGCAACAAUCUGGGCUACAUUGUGCUGCAUGUGAAGCCAAGUUUUUAACUCCUGGAGAAUUAAGGCUUCAUGAAUGUCAUUGCACUGUUUCCAGGCAGGCAAGCAAAAAAUUCCCAUAUGGAAGUUCAAUAUCAUCCAAGGUAGCCAAAGCAGAGGCAAGCAAAAAAAUUCCAUAUGGAAGUUCAAUAUCAUCUAAGGUAGCCAAAGCAGCGACUUCUAAUCUUAAAAACUCUGAAGGUGCCACAGAUGUGCAGAAGCAGCAUAAAAUUUCACCGCGAAUCACUUGCCCACUAUGCAAGAAGCCAAUAAGCAAGCCCUACAUGAAAUAUCACAUGCACACGCAUACUGGAGAAAAGCCCUUUGCAUGCCAUUUGUGUGAUAAACAUUUUGCCCACCGUAGUACUCUAAACGUUCACAUUAAGCAUCACUUGGGACUUCGAAGGUUCCGCUGCACCCACUGCCCCUUUCGGGCUGUGCGUCGCAGCAUGCUGAAUCGACAUGAGCUUGCUGUUCAUCGGAACAAGGCAGACCCAGAGCCUCUUGCUGCUGCUACAGCAGGCACCCUUGUAUCGCAACAGUGUCGCAGUCGCCUUGAUCGAACGAGGGCCCUUAAAAAUGUAGUGUUUGUUUGCAAGAGAGAGUGCCCAUCUAUACCGAAACCCAACUUUAUUUGUAGCUGUUGCUAUUGCAGUAACAGGAAACGCCCCUUGGAACCAAGUCAUCGGCAACAGAGCAUCGGUGUGCAGCAUUUCCACUGCUCCCAAUGUGACUACAGGUCUUCACAUAAGAGCCAGAUGCAGCGGCACAGUAGCAUUCACUUUGGGCUCAAAUUUUACAGCUGUCCUUAUUGCAGCUAUCGUUGCAGCAAUCAAGAAAACAUGCGCAAACAUAUCCUUCACACUAAAAAGCAUAAUGGGAAGAAAAUGUACCUUUGUAAGCAGUGCGCUUUUGCCUGCAACGAAUUCAGAGUGUUCAGAAAGCAUGUUGCAAAUAAGCAUCCAAAAGAUGCAAGUAGUAGUAGUGAUUUGCCUGCAAGUGGUGCUACAGCUCGAGAUGUUCCACUGGCAGGGAGCUGCAAUGCCAGAAUACCAUCCAAUGAAAGGAAAAUGUUAAAGACUUGCACAGACUUGCCAGAACCAGCAGUUUUUCCGACCAUUUCAGGCCUACGUGAGCCUGACCUAGAGAACACUUCUGUGAUGGCACAUGCUAUGCCUAGGCUAAAUAGGUCAGAAAGUGGACUUCCUUGCACUGAAAGUGAUGUACCUGCUGAGUCCGGAAGUGGUAUAUUGUUGCCAAGUGGCCUGGACGCAGAGUUCAGUGAACAGCUGAAUGCACAUUUGAAUAAUCAGGUGACUUUUUCUGCAAUGGAUACAACAGAUAUUGUGUAUACAUCUUGUUUAAAUUCCACAUAAUCACCAAGUGGUUGGCUUGUUUGUGUGUUGAUGUUAGCCUAAAAUUAUAUUCUUCUAAAUCACACAUUUCAAAAGCGUAUUUGAGUGCUGAAGCACAGAAGUAAUGAAACAGCACAAAGCUCUGUCUGAAUUGCUGAUAGUGGCCCAUAAAAUGUGUGCUUAGAAGUUCACACUUUAUACACUGAUGACAUUGAAAUUGUGGAUAGCCUGGGCUCGAUAUUUCCACUAAUCAGUGCUCACAUGAUUUCAUACCUGGAUGUACUUUGCGUGUGAAUAAAAUCUGUGUUGCUAAGGUCACUUGGAAGUUCACACUACAUACACUAAUGACUAUGAAAUCGUUGAUAGUCUGGGCUUGAUAUUUUUACUAUUCAGUGCUCACAUGAUUUCAUAACUGAAUGUACUUUGCGUGUGAAUAAAAUCUGUGUUGCUAAGGUCA